AUGGGGUUUAUUCAAAGCAAAAGUGACAAUUCUCUCUUCAUACUUCACCAUCAAGAGCAUACUGCCUACCUUCUUCUAUAUGUUGAUGACAUCCUUCUUGUCACUUCUUCAGAUACACUUCGUCAACACCUCAUGGCUAGUCUGGCAAGUGAAUUCGCCAUGAAAGAUCUCGGGCCCUUGAGCUAUUUUUUGGGAAUUUUUGUUACUCGACACAACAACUCUAUGUUUCUCUCCCAACAGGCUUAUGCUCAUGAUAUUAUUAAUCGUGCGGGUAUGCGAUCAUGCAAACCAGUGGACACACCGGUUGACACUCAGCCGAAACUUUCUUCCACCUCGGGAACCGCGUUUGAAGAUCCCUCUCUGUAUCGUAGCUUGGCUGGGGCUCUUCAGUAUACCACCUUCACCAGACCUGACCUAAGCUAUGCAGUUCAACAGAUUUGCAUGCACAUGCAUGCACCAUUGAACUCUCACUGGCAGGCUCUUAAGAGAAUAAUCCGAUAUUUACAAGGCACAGCUUCAUAUGGCCUUACUCUUGAGUCUUCUCCCUCUGUCGCUCUGACUGCCUUCACUGACGCAGAUUGGGCUGGCUGCCCUGACACCCGUUGA